CCGCCGAGGCAGCUCCGAGAGACCGCACGCACAGCGCCCAGCUCCGCCGACAUGCAGCUCACCGCUAGCGCCCUCCUGUCAGCAGCAGUGGUGGGUAUCUUCCUGGUCGAGACAUACGGUCGACCGUCCGAUCCCCAGCCACAGGAACUUCGCCCUCUUCGCCGCGAGGCCAGGGAGAACUCCGGCUUCUACACGGCGCACCAAGACGCAGGCAUCUCCAAGUACAGUCAACUAGAGGUUUCUCCGCAAACUUCAGGCAGUAAUGCAGCACAUUUAGAAGAAUACUUUCCAUCUAACUACGAACAUAAAAGCACUGUCAAAGAAUUGGAAGCAACAACUGAAAAUGUACUGAAUAGCACAAUAAACCAAACUUCAUCAGGACAGCAAGAAGAUUAUAUUGAUGAUAAUAAUCCAACAGAAUAUGUAACUAUUGCAACACAAAUACCACAUAAUGACACGGAGGAUAUGUCUGAAUCACAAAAUACGGAAUAUCCGCAGAUAUUUUUUAUUCCAGAACAUACAACUGAUUUAAGUACACAACCUCAAGCGGCAGAGGUAGGAAGAGAUACAUAUGAAGUGUUUAAUGAAUCUCAAACCAACGAUAACCCUUCAUUAUCAUCGGAAAGUGAUGUUUCCCACAGUGAUUUUAAGACAAUGACAGAAAGUGAAAAUUAUCGUGCAUCUGAAAAAGAUGAUUUUGAAAUCGCUCCAACGGAAAGAUCAUACAACAGUGAUGAGGAACCGUCGAUCUCUUUAAAUGAUAACACGAAUUUUCUUAGUGUGACUCAAAAACAAUAUUUGGUACAAACACCAGAAAAUGCAAAACCAUCACCCAAGAGUGAUCUGGAAACAGUUGUUCCACCACAAGAAUACAACACGAACCAACAGCAUCAGCACGCCAACAACGACCACAACAAAGUGAAAGAACCAAACAUGAAGGCAAAAAUCCUUGCUGAACACUUGGAUUUUAAAUUAUACAACAACCACAAUGCAGACAAAAGAAGAAUUAUAUCUCUAUUAUUCCCUGAUAAUGACUACUCUUCUCGUAACCCACCUGUUUAUAACUCCGUAUCUGGCAGUUCAGCCAAUUUAAAUCAAUUUUUUCAACCAACGCCAGCACCACCGCCUUUGAAGUACUCAUAUGCAGAUAAGGAGGUUAGAAAAGAAGACGGUGGCGAAAUACAGUAUUUAACAAAGUUCAGAGAUUCAAAGAGCUUUCCUUACACACCAAGCGCGUAUAGCUUACUGCCAGAAGAACCCACUUCCCCAUCACAAAGUCAAUUUAUUGGAAGAUCACAAGUUCCCAGUUUAAAUCAGUACUCCAGUCACCAUCACUCACCCAUUCAGACACCUUAUUCAAUGACGUACAGGGUAAACAAUAUAAAAAAUGUACAGCCUUCGGUGGCAGGUGGUGCGCGCGCUCGGCAAUAUUAUUGGCCGUUUGCUGAUUAUUUCCCGAUCGUAAUAAACGAUCCCUUCCUGGCAGCGUAUAAUGCUUUCUACAACGUGUUCGAAUACGGGCCGGAAGCCGACAUCUGCGGAAGACUGCUCGCCCUAAGAAACAACCCGGCCAGAGACGCCCUAGCUGCACACAACGCCGCUCUGUAUCGAAUAAACCCGCUGGUAACGAGCUCUGUGCGUUCGGAUUAUGUUCCUGCAGCGACAGAAAUAACUCUGGCGAACGCGCAUGUCAAGCCGAUCUCGGCAGCUGACCCGCACAGUGUCCAUAGCACAGUUUCUAGUCCCCAGGCGGGAACUGGGAGUGAAAGUGGUGAGGAGGAACAAACUGUGGACGACAUGAAGCCGACGGUGAUCAUCAUGUCGACAAACGACACGACCAGGAACGCGACUUUCAUUACGAAGCUGGUGGUGAGGAAAGGAGGCGUGUCCAUCGCCGGACCGGGGGGCAUAGCCACUGCUGGCUCGGGCGGAUUGGCUAUCGUGGGUCCUGGGGGAGUGGCCUACACGAGUCCCAAUGGCAUGGCGAUAGUGGGUCCUGGCGGGAAGGUCGUGGCACUGCCGAGCGGAGCAGAGGUGGUCUUCAACCCGCAGGAUUUCAGCGCCAAGAGAUACCUCGCAAGCCUUCCCCCAGGAGGCAAGGUGGUCGCCGAGGGUCCUACCAUCUAUUACCAUCCACCUCAGUAGUCCGCAGACUGCAUGGAUGCUUCGGUAACACUUUUGUCUUUCCUGAUUCAUUGUUUAGAGUGGAACUAGAAUCAGCAGUUAGCAAGUACUAAGAACCGUUAUAAUAUGAAUGCCUUUGUGCACGCAUACGGUAGUUAAAAAUAACAAAUAAAAUAAAAUAUUAAAUAUUAAUUCUGAAAUGAAAUUGCAGUCAAUACUGUACUGUACUUGCUUCUGAAAUAAACUGUUGUGCUUACUGAAAA